AGAAACAUCUUACCUUGUGGUGAAUUGAAUUCCACCAAGUCUCUACAGUUCCUUGUUGCGUGCUGUCAAUAGACACAUCGUGUAUUUAUGACAGAGAUUAUAUGGAUUCGGUCAUUUGAACUAAAAUGAGACGGGAAAAUAAUUAGAGGGAAGAACCUCCAAACGGUUUUGAUUUUAACCGUGCAGAUUAGCUUCUCUUGAAAAUGUCAUGGAGAUGGCAAGUUAACAACCCUCAGCAAAUUGCUACACUAUUAACCCUUCAGCAGCAGCAGCAGCAGCAGCAACAGCAGCGACAACAACAACAGCAGCAACAACUACCAAUUCGGUGGGUACAUGAAUAUCAACAUCAACUCCCACAGACACAGUUACAUCAGCGGCAGCACCAUCAACAGCUGCAACACGAUGUCCAGCAACACCAUCAGCAGCAGUUGCAGCAUCCAUUGCAAAGAAGAGUUCCAUCGCCGUGGCUAGAUGUGUCCUCUUCACUCGCAUGUGCUGCACAAAGAGAACUAUAUGAAGAUACGCUCCCAGCUAGAAAUACGAGGAGGACGACGCAUAAUGAUAACAGACAUAGUGUUCUGUAUCAUGAAGGAAAAGGAAACGACUUUCCAUUUCAUGAAACAAGAACUGAAGUAUUUCAUCCUGGUCAUAGAAACAGAAGAUUAUUAAAUGAGGUGUAUGAGGCACAAAGUGGACUGUACAAUGAGGUUUUGCCCACAAGAAAUGUCCAACCGGCAACAGACACUGAUUACAGACAUAAUGGUCUGUAUUACAAAAAAUUGCAAAAUAGAUUUCCAUAUCAUGAUGAUAGGUCAGAAAUUUUUCUCACUGAAGAAAAACAGAGAAGAUUUUUGGAUGAGCAGAGUAAUGAGUUUCGAAGGAGGAUGUGGCGUGCUCAAGAAUCUUGUUCAACAUUUGAGAGACAGCACGAAUAUCACAGGAGUCCCAGGGACAGAAGUGUUGGGCCAGAUCAGAGGUGA